CUCUCCAAGCGUGUAUUUAGAGACCUUGAACUGCCACCGACCCUACUGGUAUUCUUUCCUUCGGGGCUUGGCUCUCCUUCAGUUGGUCGACAGAGGACCAGUAUUCAUACAGAACCAACCCACCGACUGCGGACGCCGCUGGCCGUCUCGCGGACCCUCUCACCAUGGCCUCCGACUCACGGUAUUCUUCGACAUCCGCCGGCAGCAAACAGAUCACCCCGAGCAGUGUACGGCAAGCCGAGUCCAGCGAUGCCGAGAAGUUGUCGUCCUCGCGCUCGCAGCCUCUCCCGCCGCCGGGUGCAGCGAGCGAAGCAAACGCCCCGUUCAGUCCCAGGAGCGUCCGCUUCUGGCUGAUCCUGUUGUGUAACUUCCUCGCCCUUUUCCUUGUCGCCCUCGACCGGACGAUCGUUGCCACGGCGGUUCCCCGCAUCUCGGACGAGUUCAAGGCGCUGGGCGACAUCGGCUGGUAUGGCUCCUCGUACAUGUUGACGACGGCCUGUGCCCAGCUCGUCUUCGGCCGUAUUUACAAGUUCUACGAUGUGAAGUGGACCUUCUUGCUCACCAUCGUGGUCUUCGAGAUCGGAUCGGCAAUCUGUGGAGCGGCGCCGAGCUCAGCUGCCUUCAUUGUCGGCCGCGCCAUUGCCGGCCUUGGCUCGGCCGGCAUCUUCUCCGGCUCCAUGUUGAUCAUGAUCCCCAUGAUCCCGCUGCAUAAGCGGGCCGCCUUCCAGGGUAUAUUCGGCAUGGUGUUUGGCGCGGCUUCUGUCCUGGGACCCUUGAUCGGCGGCGGAUUCACAGACGGCGUUACUUGGCGGUGGUGUUUCUACAUCAACCUUCCGAUCGGCGCCGUAACGUUGGCCUUCAUGGUCUUCUGCUGGAACCCGCCAAAGGAGAAGCAGGAAUCGGUGAGCCUCAGCGUACAUCUCAAGCGACUGGAUCCCCUCGGUCUCGUGUUUUUGCUGCCGGGUGUCGUCUGCCUCUUCGUCGCCUUCCAAUGGGGUGGCUCGAGGUAUAAAUGGAACGAGUGGCGCAUCAUUCUGCUGUUCGUCGUCUUUGCGACUUGCACUAUGGCGUUCGUCGGCAUUCAGAUCCUGAGGCCCGAGACCGCCAUGGUUCCCCCCAAGGUGAUAAAACAGCAGAGCAUUGCGUUUGGAAGUGCCUACACCUUCUUUUUAGCAGGGUCGAUGCUGAUACUGGUGUACUACGUGCCAGUGUGGUUCCAAGCUGUCAAGCAGGUUGACCCCAUGAAAUCAGGCAUCUACACACUACCUCUGGUGCUGAGCCUGGUUGUGUCGAGCAUUGGGUCGGGCGCCAUGAUACAAAGGAUCGGCUACUACGUCCCUUCGAUGCUGAUCGCUCCCUCCAUCAUGUGUAUCGGCGAGGGUCUUCUGAGCACACUAAAGCCCGGCAGUCCUACAGCGCACUGGGUGGUCUACCAGUUCCUUGCCGGCUUUGGUUUGGGAUUUGGAAUGCAGACGGCGGCCCUUGCCGCCCAAGCUGUCCUACAUAAGGAGGAUGUCAGCAUAGGCAUCGCCAUCAACUUCUUUGUACAACAGCUCGGCGGUGCAGUGUUUACUUCCGUAGGGCAAACCAUCCUCACCAAUCUGCUCGUUUCCCGGUUAUCCGGCAUCCCAGGAUUCAACCCGAAGACCAUUGUCUCGGAAGGCAUGACCAACCUCUCCGACGUCUUCCCCCCAGAGCAGGUCGGAUUGGUGAUCGAAGCCUACAACAAUGCCUGCCAAAAGAUUUUCUUGACUUCCAUGGGUCUUGCCUUUGCGUCACUCCUCUGUGCAUUCGGCAUGGAAUGGAGGAGUAUCAAGAAAAACAAGAACACAGCUGGCCCACCCGCUCCUCCGGGGGGCCCCGGCGAGUCACCGUCCACUCAACCGGGAUCCGCUAUUAGCAUCGAAUUGCCCAUUCAGCGUCCCAAUCCCAAGCCAAGUCCCGGGCCGAUGCCUGGGAAGCCUUUCUUUGAGGGCGCCGGCGGCGAGGGGUCCGAGUCGUCGUGGUCGAGGGAGGAACAGGAGGGAGGGAGACGGUCGGUGGGGAGGGGGGUAUUGAGGAAACCAGCCCCUGGGCAGAGCAAUAAGAGGCCCAUCUCAGAUGGUGGAUCUACUACGCUUCCAGAAGAGAGUAAGAGCGUCAUGCUGGGUGCAGCAGUGAGGGAGUGGGCUCGGUACGACAAGAAGAAAGACAGAAUUGGGCGGUAUUGAUGUUUUUCCUUUGAACGGUUGAGCGGCCCGAAGCCUAGUGUGGGGGGAAAUGGGCAGGGCUUUUAUCGUUAGAACUUGCAUUUCAGCGACUGAAACGGCGUCUGCUUCUGAUUUUAGACGGCGCUGUGCCAUCCCAUCGACUGCGUUGUGCCCCGGCGUUGCGGUUUUGAUCUUUGUCUGGAGGGUAUGGGCAAAGACGUCUAUCAUCUGCAUGGUAUGCCAUACUGUACAUGGCUUAAAUAACACGGGAUUUCCGAUUGGCA